AACAUUUGGCGUUUCUCCUUCACCACGGACAAAGUGGAAAGUUUGCCGCCGUAAAAACCAAUCUGUGCUGGUGUGUAGAAAGUAAACACGUUUAUAAUAUCAGACACCCAAACGCGGACAAGAUAGCGGAAGACGUGAGGUUUGCUGCCACGAUUAGUAUUUGCUGUGCUCCGCUCUGGUGGACCAAACUGGAUUUCAGUGGUACAGUGCAGUUUAUCUCGCUAGUCAUCACCGAAGAUUUAAGCAAGUUGCGUAUGCUGUUGGUGCUGUGAUUUUAAUAAACUAUUAAGAUCCUGUAAAACCAGAUUUGCAGGAAUCUUCCCGAAGUGCAGCUUUUUGACCGCGUGAAUCAGCAACAUGACAGUACGGACGAAUUUGUGGUGUUCCAUCAGCACACUAGCUUGAAACCCGUUCAAUAUAGAUAUGUUGACGCAUGGACCUUCGAUUUACAAAAGGGUGCAUUAGAGCAAGCAAAGAAUUAGUCGAGUAAUAACUACCGCUUGUUAGACGUCGGCAUGGAUCUCAAACUGAACGCAGCCGAGCUUGGUUUAACGGACGAGGAUGUUGACGUGAUAGUGAAACGUUAUCUGCAGGAAAAACGUGACAAAUAUAAUGCCAAGUUCAGAGUGCUUUCGUUCGAAAUAAGACGAUUAAGUGAAGAACCGAUUGGCUAUCUGGGGGAUCAUUAUUUUUUAAAUGUUGUGCUUCGAGAAAAAAUGGUACACUAUUCGGAAGAGGAAGAAGAGUACGCGGAGGAAGAAUAUCUCAGUUUUUUUAUGAAGAUUCUGCCCGAACAGGUACCGAAGUUAGCUGAUUACGUUCGGGAAAUGGGUUGCUUCAAGAAAGAAAUUCAACUGUAUACUUAUCUGAUACCACGACUGCAGGAUGUAACCAUCGGCAUGAAGCCAUUCGCUCCCAGGGCAUACCUUACGAAAGAUGAAAAACUGCUCGUUUUUGAAAAUCUGCGAGCAGAAGGGUACCGCAUGGUUAAAAAUAACAAAAGCUUGCUGGAUUUCGCUCACCUGGAAGUAGCGCUUAAAGCUGUAGCCAAACUGCAUGCUGCAUCUUUGGUGUUAGAGGAACGAACAAAACAACCCAUUGCAAAGCUCUACUCAGGUCAUCUGAAUGAAAAUGUGUACAUAGACGAUGAAAAGUAUGUACGAAAAACUAAUUUGGAAAAUGCGAUCAAAGCUCUAAGCGAGCUGAUUAAAAGAAUAGACAAAUAUAAAAAUUCAGACCGGUUAGAUUAUAUCUUAGAAAAAUUUCCGCAAGUAAUUAGAAAAAUUUACGAUUUUGCUAAGCCGUCGACGGUAUAUAGGAAUGUAUUUAAUCAUGGGGACUUAUGGAAUAACAAUCUAAUGUUUAAAUACGAAGAUACGGAUAAACCCGCAACAAACAGUGAUCCAGUUCCUGUGGAUGUUCUGCUUGUCGACUAUCAAUUUUCCCGUCUUGCACCACCGGCGUAUGAUGUAAUGUCACUCAUAAUGCUAACGACUCUCAGCGAGUUCCGCAAUCUACAUCUCGAGCGGUUGAAAGAGAUUUAUUAUGAUGCGCUAGGAGCGCUGCUAGCGAAGCAGAGCCCUUCGCUAGACGUAGAGAAAGUACUGCCGAAAACGGUAUAUUUCGAAUCUUGCCAAAUCUAUCACCUUGCGGGACUUAUCGAAAGCUGCAUGUACUUUCACUGGCCGCCACAGCCCGACUGUUAUGAGAUAUUCAAUGGUGCCGAUUGGUACGAUGAGUCGCGAAAACCGGAGGUUUUCGUAAGGGCGGCCAUCAACGGGUUCGAACGGUACGCCGACUAUCGGCAUCGGAUUAGUGAUAUGAUAACGCAAAUUGUUGAUGGAACAAUUAGUCCUACUGAAGCUGGUGCUGACGGGCAAUGUGUAAUCGGCGAACGACGCCGUCGAAAACGUUCCUCGGUCGUUCGUCCCAAUCCGUUCGAUUUCCCUAAUCUGCUGCUAAGGGAUGGCAGCGCUCCGUUGAAUUGUGUCAUGAUUGACUUCCAGAUAGCUCGCUACUCACCACCGGCCUAUGAUGUGAUGUCCCUACUGAAUACUACCACGACCAGCGCCUUUCGAACCGUCUAUCAGGCACGGCUGGUUGAGCUGUAUUACGAGUAUCUGCGAAACGAACUGGAAUGGUUUCAGAUCGACGUGGAAGGAGUUUUCCCAGGCGAUCAUUACCGUGAAUCCUGUGAAGAGUACAAACUAGCCGGACUGAUAGACAGUAUUCUGUUUCGUCAUUUAACCUUACUUCCGAGCGAGCUGGUUUCGGAGUGCAAAGAAUGUCCGAUUCCGAUUUCGUUCGAUAACCUAAUGGAAAAUUCCAUUUCCUGGCUCAGUACAACGGCGUGGGACACCAGUGGAAGCUAUCGAUUCGUGAUGGAGGAUCUACUGGCCGAUCUGGUGGACAGCUACAUUCUAGAUGACCAAUCCGAAAUUACUCACCUGUAACCA